GCAACGCGUAUGUCACUAAUUACCACAGCCACAAAGUAGAAAUGGGCUAUAUCGUAAAAAUUUAUGAAAACUAAAAUUAGCUUUUAUGUCUAGGUUAGGCAUACUUUUAGCAGUGUGGUUAGGUUUCACAUCAGAUUUUAAGGCGAUACAUUGUAGAAAUAAGCGACGUUUAGACGUAAUUGUGACUUUGUGGUUGUGGUAACUAGUGACGGGUCGCAGAUAUAUAUUUUGGAUCGUACGUAUAUUGUGCUGCGUGACUUUCAACAGCUGAAGGGAACAGUCGACGAACAUUUUUGUUACGCUUUCAUGGCAUAAUAACGUCGCAUCUUAUUUAAAACCUUUUAACAUGAACUUCAUCAGAUCCUACAAUGCCAUUGGCACGCCCAUAUGUGAGUAUUGCAUGUCGGUGUUGUCUUGGACAGUUUGAACCCUUCUAUAUCUAUGGUUGAAGAACAUUGUGGGACAACAAUCACGUACAACAGACGGUCUAGAACCUUGGUAGUUGGUUUGGUUGGUAGUUGGUUUGGUUGGUAGUUGGUUUGGUUGGUAGUUGGUUUGGUUGGUAGUUGGUUUGAGUUUCGAUAUUAGCCAGACAUUCGGAGCUUCAAACUUCAAUAGCUCGCGAACGAUUGGAAGUACAGUAUUCCGUUUCGGAAAAAUGGUGUACAACAUUGCACAGGUCUUAUUUUCCAGACUCCGACUUGAUGUUCAUAAUCACACGGCAAUGGAGUAGGCAGCCUAGCCCACAGUCUAAUGCAGCUAGUUAGGUACCGUCAACAAAGUGCAUGAUUACAACAUUCAAAUGUUAAAUAACUUUGACCACAUCACCGAGAAAAUUCAAACAAACUUUAAACUGUUCAGAAGGAAGGGACACAUGCUGCACACCUUUUCGUUUUACCAUAAAGUACUUACAAAAUUAUAAAUAAUUGAAACUUAAAAAAUGUCAGCUCUUCAACCAUGUGACUUAGCAACCUCAGUAUGUUGCACACCCUUUUUUUUUCAUAAAAUGAUUUUUAAAUGUUUCUUAUAUUUAAAAUGCAAUAGCUCCUUAACCAUGUGACUGACAGACAAAACAAACUUUAAAAUGUUGAAAUGGUAGGGACACAUCACACACCCUUUUGGUUUCCUGAAAAAAUGUAUGGAUUUCUUUUACCUUAAUUUGUUAGUAUCGUUUUUGACUAAUUUCAAUAGCUCCUUGAUCAUAUGACCUAGGCACCUCAAACCAACUUUGGAUUGUUCACAGGGUAGGGAAACACAUCGUACACUUUGGUUUUCCCAUAAAGCACUUACACAAUUCUAUAUAAAUAUUUGAAACGUAACAAUUUCUAUAGCUCUUCAACCACGUGACCUAGCAACAUGAUCUCAACUGUCCAUUAUUCCUUAUUUAUACCACAGCAUUGUUGAAUAGUCAUUUCUGAUUGGCUGGAAGGGCAUUCUAUAAUGGACAUUAAAACCAGAUAUCGGGACACCUUGCAAUCAUGACACAAUAAUAUGCCAGAAAAUGAGAAAGUAUGUAUUUGCUUAUAAAAAUGAAAAUAUCAGCGGAAAUACGUGUUCCUACCGUUAAAUGUGUGCUUUCAUAUUGUUUUCUUUGGCAACUGUGGUAUAAGCGGGAUAAAUGCCUCCGUCUGUACAUUACUUUGAGAAAAUGACGCUGCGUCGUCCAUUAUUUCCAAGUUAAUGUACAGAAUGUUGGCGUUUAUCCCUUACAUAAGGAGCCAAGUUGCACACCCUUUAGUCUUCACAUAAAGUGAUUCCAACAUUUGUGUGUGUAUGUAUAUGUGUAUAUAUAUAUAUAUAUCUUUAAAGUGCCUUCAGAAAGUAUUCACACCCCUUCACUUUUUCCAAAUUGUUACAAAGUGAGAUAAAAAUGGAUUUAAUUGUAAUUUGUCAACGAUCUACACAAAAUACUCUGUCAAAGUGGAAGAAAAAUUCUAACAUUUGUAAAAAUUUUAGAUAAGUAUUAAACCCCAUGAGUCAAUACAUGUUUGAAUCAUCUUUGUCGGAGUUACAGCUGAGAGUCUUUCUGGGUGAGUCUCUAGAACGUUCCACACCAGGAUUGUGCAACAGUUGCUCAUUAUUCUUUGCAAAAUUCUUCAAACUCUGUCAAAUUGUUUGUGGAUCAUUGCUAGACAACCAUUUUUAGGUCUUGCCAUAGAUUUCCAAGCAGAUUUAAGUCAAAACGGUAACUAGGCCACUCAAAUCAAAUUGUCUUUACCACAUGCGCCGAAUACAACAGGUGUAGACCUUAGUGAAAUGCUUACUUACAAACUCUUAACCAACAAUGCAGUUUUAAGAAAAGUGUUAAGUAAAAAAUAGAUAAGAUUAAAUAGCAGCAAUAAAAUAACAGUAGGGAGGCUAUAUACAGGGGGUACCGGUACAGUCAAUGUGCUGGGGCACCGGUUAGUCGAGAUAAUUUCGGUAAUAUGUACAUGUGGGUAGAGUUAAAGUGACUAUGCAUAGAUAAUAAACAGAGUAGCAGCAGUGUAAAAAGAGGGGGUGGGGUGGACAAUGCAAAUAGUCUGGGUAGCCAUGAUUAGCUGUUCAGGAGUCUUAUGGCUUGGGGGUAGAAGCUGUUAAGAAGCCUUUUGGACCUAGACUUGGCGCUCCGGUACCGCUUGCCGUGUGGUAGCAGAGAGAACAGUCUAUGACUAGGGUGGCUCGAGUCUGACAAUGUUUAGAGCCUUCCUCUGACACCGCCUGGUAUAGAGGUCCUGGAUGGCAGGAAGCUUGGCCCCAGUGAUGUACUGGGCCGUACGCACUACCCUCUGUAGUGCCUUGCGGUCGGAGGCCGAGCAGUUGCCAUACCAGGCGGUGAUGCAACCAGUCAGGAUGCUCUCGAUGGUGCAUUUGUAUAACUUUUUGAGGAUCUGAGGACCCAUGCCAAAUCUUUUCAGUCUCCUGAUGGGGAAUAGGUUUUGUUAUGCCCUCUUCACGACUGUCUUGGUGUGUUUGGACCAUGAUAGUUUGUUGGUGAUGUGAACACCAAGGAACUUGAAGCUCUCAACCUGUUCCACUACAGCCCCGUCGAUGAGAAUGGGGGCUGUAGUGCUCGGCCCUACUUUUUUUAUUUAAUUUUUUUAUUUUUCUGUAGUCCACAAUCAGCUCCUUUGUCAUGGUCACAUUGAGGGAGAGGUUGUUAUCCUGGUAUCACACGGCCAGGUCUCUGACCUCCUCCCUAUAGGCUGUCUCAUCGUUGUCGGUAUUCAGGCCUACCACUGUUGCGUCAUCGGCAAACUUAAUGAUGGUGUUGGAGUCGUGCCUGGCCAUGCAGUCAUGGGUGAACAGGGAGUACAGGAGGGGACUGAGCACGCACCCCUGAGGGGCCCCCUUUUGAGGAUUAGCAUGGCAGAUGUGUUGUUACCUACCCUUACCACCUGGGGGCGGCCCGUCAGGAAGCCCAGGAUCCAGUUGCAGAGGGAAGUGUUUACUCCCAGGGUCCUUAGCUUAGUGAUGAGCUUUGAGGGCACUAUGGUGUUGAACGCUGAGCUGUAGUCAAUGAAUAGCAUUCUCACAUAGUUGUUCCUCUUGUCCAGGUGGGAAAGGGCAGUGUGGAGUGCAAUAGAGAUUGCAUCAUCUGUGGAUCUGUUGGGGCGAUAUUUAAAUUGGAGGGGUCUAGGGUUUCUGGGAUGAUGGUGUUGAUGUGAGCCAUGACCAGCCUUUCAAAGCACUUCAUGGCUACAGACGUCAGUGCUACGGGUCGGUAGUCAUUUAAGCAGGUUACCUUAGUGUUCUUGGGCAUGGGGACUAUGGUGGUCUGCUUGAAACAUGUUGGUAUUACAAGUUAAACAAUUUAAAGGCAAUGCUACCAAAUACUAAUUGAGUGUAUGUAAACUUCUGACCCACUGGGAAUGUGAUGAAAUGAAUAAAAGCUGAAAUAAAUCAUUCUUUCUACGAUUAUUCUGAUGUUUCACAUUCUUAAAAUAAAGUGGUGAUGCUAACUGACCUAAGACAGGGAAUCUUUACUAGGAUUAAAAGUCACAUUGUGAAAACCUGAGUUUAAAUGUAUUUGGCAAAGGUGUAUGUAAACUUCCGACUUCAACUGUACCUACACGUACGCUACGGUCACAAGACGCAGGCCUCCUUAUUGUCCCUAGAACUUCUAAGCAAACAGCUGGCGGCAGGGCUUUCUCCUAUAGAGCUCCAUUUUUAUGGAUUGGUCUGCCUAUCUAUGUGAGAGACGCAGACUCUGUCUCGACCUUUAAGUCUUUACUGUAGGUUCCAUGGUCGACUGUGUUCUGGCCCAGGGGUGCGAAGGUGAACAGAAAGGCACACUGAUUAUUAUUUGGUCAUCUAUGAAUGUUUGAACGUCUUGGAGAAAAAUCUGGCCUUAAUGGACAUGUACUGUUAUAAUCUCCACCCAGCACAGCCAGAAGAGGACUGGCCACCCCUCAGAGCCUGGUUCCUCUCUAGGUUUCUUCCUAGGUUCCUGCCUUUCUAGGGAGUUUUUCCUAGCCACCGUGCUUCUACAUCUGCAUUGCUUGCUGUUUGGGGUUUUAGGCUGGGUUUCUGUAUAGCACUUUGUGACAUCUGCUGAUGUAAAAAGGGCUUUAAAAAAUACAUUUGAGUAAGGACGCACACCUAGUUACGCAAUCGAUUGGUCGAAAGAACAUACUUUCGGUUGGCCAAUUUUUUUUGGACAGCCCUAUUCCACUUUGACAAUAUGGGGUACUUGGUGUAGGCCAGUGACACAAUCAAUUUUUUAUUUAGGCUGUUUCACAACAAAAUGUGGAAACUUAAUAUAGCUCUUCACCCUUAUUUCAACCGUCCAUUAUUCCUUUAUAUAAGCAGUGAAGUGUAGAGAGCGAGAGAGAAUUUGUUGUUAAACCAUUACAAUAGUUUGAAUGGGUUAAAGCAUCAGACAAGCUCAGUGCGUAUAGUAGAUCUUUUUUAAAACCCGUGUAGGGUUUGUCUAUAUAUGGAAAAAUACACCUUUUCAAAUGUUGAUUGGUCGAAAGAACAGACUACUCUCGGUUGACCAAGAUUGUUUUUAGUCGGACAGCCCUAACUUAAAUCUACUUGAAAAUGUAUGGCAAGACCUGAAAAUGGUUGUUUAGCAUAUACCUGAUUUUGAAAUGUUUAAAUAUGUAAUCAGGGCCUCCCGAGUGCCGCAGCGGUCUAAGGCACCACUACACCCUCUGGUUCGAUCCCAGGCUGUGUCACAGCCUGCCGUGACCAGGAGACCCAUGUGGUGGUGCACAAUUGGCACAUCGUCGUCCGUGGUAAGUAGAGGGCCGGCUGGGAUGUCCUUGUCUCAUCAUGCUCUAGUGACUCCUUGUGGCGGGCUGGGUGCCUGCAGGCUGAUUUUGGUCGUCAGUUCAACAGUGUUUCCUCCGACACAUUGGUGCUUCUGGGUUAAGCGAGCAGUGCGCUUCUGGGUUAAGCGAGCAGUGCGGCUUGGCAGGGUGGUGUUUCGGAGGACGCGUAGCUCUCAACCUUCGCCUCUCCCGACUCCAUAGGGGAGUUGCAGCGAUGAAACAAGAUUGUAACUACCAAUAUGGAUAUCACAAAGUAAAGUCAUAAAGUAAAAUGUAAUCAGGCGUGGUCGUUGUGUGAGCCAGUGUUCAGCUCAUAGCAUGGUAUUUUCUUUGUUGUGUUUUACCGCCUUUUCUCCCCAAUUUCGUGAUAUCCAAUUGUGAUCCAAUUACGAUCUUGUCUCAUCGCUGCAACUCCCCAACGGUUUCUGGAGAGGCUAAAGUCGAGUCAUGCGUCCUCCGAAACAUGAUCCGCCAAACCAUGCUUCUUAACACCCGCCCGCUUAACCCGGAAGCCAGCUGCACCGACGUGUCGGAGGAAACACUGUUCAACUGACGACCGAAGUCAGCCUGCAAGCGCCUGGCCUGCCACAAGGAGUCGCUAGAGCGCGAUGAGCCAAGGAAAGCCCCCCCGGCCAAACCCUCCCCUAACCCAGACGACACUGGGCCAAUUGUGCGCCGCCAUAUGGGACUCCCGGUUGUGACACAUUCUGGGAUCAAACCCGGGUCUGUAGUGACGCCUCAAGCACUGCGAUACAGUGUCUUAGACCGCUGCGCCACUCUGGAGGCUUAGACUGUUCUCAUUGAAGCCAAUGCUGCGCUCUUUCUGUGGCGGUUAAAGGUCUGACUGACUGAUGUGGUGUUCUCUCUCACAGGUCAAUGGUACAGACAGGUGGGACAGAUGGUGGGUCGGAGCAGAGCUCUUGCUGAGCUGGGGGGACAGAGGUGGAUGUGCAGUAAACCUCAGACAGGAAACCCAGAGCCUCCGCCCGCAGCACCUGCAGUCCCAGCACAUGGUAGGAACACAAACACACACCUGAUUCCCUGGUGACGGAUGAGUUAAGCUGAUUUAAUUAUCCUGACCCUGUCCAAUCCUGUUCUCCAGCCCCUGACCCUGUCUGUCUGUCUGUUCUCCAGACUCCGACCCUGUCUGUCUGUCUGUCUGUCUGUUCUCCAGCCCCUGACCCUGUCUGUCCGUCUGUCUGUCCUCCAGCCCCUGACCCUGUCUGUCUGUCUGUCUGUUCUCCAGACUCCGACCCUGUCUAAUCCAUGUCUCCAGACUCCGACCCUGUCUAAUCCAUGUUCUCCAGACUCCGACCCGGUCUAAUCCAUGUUCUCCAGACUCCGACCCGGUCUAAUCCAUGUCACUAUGUGCUCAGUCAGGAAGUCAUUCCAGAGAGUAUUUUUGUUCCCAGUGGACCCACAGUACAAAACAAAUACUUAUGUGGUGUAAGAGGUUCCUUCAAACUGAUCCAAAAGAUAGCACAGGUAGUCAUGGCAACAUCAGCUUUGUACUGUAGGUAUCUGUUAGUAAACCACUGAGCCAACGCUUCAGUCUAAUCUCAGUAAUAAUAUCUCAUUAAUCAUCUGAUCUCAGUCUAGUCUUAGCCACAGGGUGCCUGAUAUUUAGUUGCCAUAGAAACUGGGGGAAAGUUCACUCUCCUGAGGAUGAGCAGGAAGGGAUGUCACCCAUGGAGGUCGACGCUAACGGCCGGAGCGUGUGAAAUUUAAAAGAUUCCUAAAUCUGAGUCUUGGGUCAGGAAUGUGGAAUUAACAGUCUCUAUACAAUAAACGAUAUUCCUGUCCAGGAGGGAUACUGAACAGUACAUCCAGCUGCCUCACUACAGAAACAGGAGAUGGGACAGGAGGCUAUGGGCCGUUCUGGUUCGGACAAGGUUUCCGGAGAAUGGAUUCAACUAUUUACCCAUUUAAUAACCAGACCUUCAUACAAACUUGCUAUGCUGAAUUCAUGAUGAACAACCGAACUGCUGCUAUAGACGGGUUGGUUGUUCAGCAACAAAACCGACACGUGCACAACUAUGGGGCAAAACAGACGGGGUUAGCAUAGAUUGUUGACAGCACGUAAACUAAAUUUCUUCUCCAAUGUUUAUUGAAACAUAAAUACAUUUGCACAAUGAGCACUUGUUGUCUCUCAUGCAUCAUUAAGGUUGUUGGACAGCUAGCUAAUUUGAGCCAUAUUAGCAUAGACAUCAGUCAAAACACCUCAAAACAUGACAUGGUAUCAAGAACAAGAUAAAACUAGCUGAAACGAGCCACCUAGAUUCCCCACAUGGCAGUUUCUUUCUAUUAUUGCUAGCUAUCUGGCCAUCCAGAAUCACAAUACGUGGACUUCUCCCCCAUUUGAGUCACGAGAAUGGUUUUCGUGACCUCGUCUAUGUGCAUUGAUUGUUGUGUCUCCUUUGUGCCCAGCUCCCCGUCCAGCCUUUAAACUCCCCGGCUACAGGCCCUCUCCCAUGGACCAGAGGAUCCUAGUCUGGUCUGGACGCUUCAAGACCCCCGACCAGAUCCCAGAGCUAGUGUCGUAAGUGGACACUUCCUGUUUACAACCAGACCUCCCAACACACCCGCCCCUGAUUGGGUCUUAACACUGUAGUUCAAAUGAGGUCUAUUUGCCUCUGUUCCGCUUUGUCUCUCUCUUUCAGGUCUGUGUCUGUAGCAGGUUAUGUUUGAGGUCUGUGUCUGUAGCAGGUUAUUUUUGAGGUCUGUGUCUGUAGCAGGUUAUUUUUGAGGUCUGUGUCUGUAGCAGGUUGUUUGAGGUAAUUGCUGUGGUUUGGGUUCCUGACAUCUGCGAAAUGAUCUGCACACUGUCACGUACAAACACCCCCCCCCCCCCACACCCCCACACACACCUCUCUCUGCCUCUGGUCCUGUACACACCCCUCUAUGCCUCUGGUCCUGUGCACACCCAUCUCUGCCUCAUGGUCCUGUACACACCCCUAUCUCUGCCUCUGGGUCCUAUAACACACCCCUCUCUGCCUCUGGGUCCUGUACAACACACCUCUAUGCCUCUGGUCUUAUACACAACCUCUCGCUAUCGCUUGGUCCUAUACACACCCCUCUACUGCCUCUGUCCUGUACACACCCCUCUCUGCCUCUGGUCCUAUACACACCCUCUCUGCCUCUGGUCCUGUACACACCCCCUUCUGCCUCUGGUCCUGUACACACCCUCCUCUGCCUCUGGUCCUGUACAACACCCCUCUCUGCCUCUGGUCCUGUACACACCCCUCUCUGCCUCUGGUCCUGUACACACCCCUCUCUGCCUCUGGUCCUUUACACACCCCUCUCUGCUCUGGUCCUUAUCCCCACCCCCUCUCUGCCUCUGGUCCUGUACACACCCUCUCUGCCUCUGGUCCUAUAACACACCCCCUCUUGCCUCUGGUCCUUCCACACCCCUCUCUGCCUCUGGUCCAUGUACACACCCCUCUCUGCCUCUGGUCCUAUACACACCCCUCUCUGCCUCUGGUCCUGUACCACACCCUCUCUGCCUCUGGUCCUGUACACACCCCUCUCUGCCUCUGGUCCUGAUACACACCCCUCUCUGCUCUGGUCCUAUACACACCCCCUCUGCCUCUGGUCCUAUACACACCCCCUCUCUGCCUCUGGUCCUAUACACACCCCUCUCUGCCUCUGGUCCUAUACACACCCCUCUCUGCCUCUGGUCCUGUACACACCCCUCUCUGCCUCUGGUCCUGUACACACCCCUCUCUGCCUCUGGUCCUGUACACACCCCUCUUGCCUCUGGUCCUGUACACACCCCUCUCUGCCUCUGGUCCUAUCCACACCCCUCUCUGCCUCUGGUCCUAUCCACACCCCUCUCUGCCUCUGGUCCUAUACACACCCCUCUCUGCCUCUGGUCCUGUACACACCCCUCUCUGCCUCUGGUCCUAUCCACACCCCUCUCUGCCUCUGGUCCUGUACACACCCCUCUCUGCCUCUGGUCCUAUCCACACCCCUCUCUGCCUCUGGUCCUAUCCACACCCCUCUCUGCCUCUGGUCCUAUCCACACCCCUCUCUGCCUCUGGUCCUAUCCACACCCCUCUCUGCCUCUGGUCCUAUCCACACCCCUCUCUGCCUCUGGUCCUAUACACACCCCUCUCUGCCUCUGGUCCUAUACACACCCCUCUCUGCCUCUGGUCCUGUACACACCCCUCUCUGCCUCUGGUCCUGUACACACCCCUCUCUGCCUCUGGUCCUGUACACACCCCUCUCUGCCUCUGGUCCUGUACACACCCCUCUCCUUCUCUGGUCCUAUACACACCCCUCUCUGCCUCUGGUCCUGUACACACACCCCUCUCUGCCUCUGGUCCUGUACACACACCCCUCUCUGCCUCUGGUCCUGUACACACACCCCUCUCUGCCUCUGGUCCUAUACACACCCCUCUCUGCCUCUGGUCCUGUACACACCCCUCUCUGCCUCUGGUCCUAUCCACACCCCUCUCUGCCUCUGGUCCUAUACACCCAAUCACCCCACUAGGGUCCCUCUUUGACAUGGUCACUCCAUCAGGAAAACGCGUCUGGAGUUUUGAAAUGUUCUGCCUGAUUAUGAUAUGUUGCCUGUUUGAGAUGCUAUGUUGUGUGUGUUGCCAGUUUGAGAUGCUAUGUUGUGUGUGUUGCCUGUUUGAGAUGCUACACCAAAAGUAUGUGGACACCUGCUCGUCGAACAUCUCAGUCCAAAAUCAUGGGCAUUAAUAUGGAAUUGGUCCCCCACUUUGCUGCUAUAACAGCCUCCACUCUUCUGGGAAGGCUUUCCACUAGAUGUUGGAACAUUGCUGCAGGGACUUGCUUCCAUUCAGCCACGAGCAUUAGUGAGGUCUGGCACUGAUGUUAGGUGAUUAGGCCUGGCUCGCAGUCGGCGUUCCAAUUUAUCCCUAUGGGGUUGAGGUUAGGGCUCUGUGCAGGUCAGUCAAGCUUGUGUGCGGCUGCUCAGCUAUGGAAACCCAUUUCAUGAAGCUCCCAACGAACCGUUUUUGUGCUGCCGUUGCUUCCAGAGGCAGUUUGGAACUCUGUAUUGAGUGUUGCAACCGAGGACAGACGCGCUACGCACUUCAGCGGUCCCGUUCUGUCAGCUUGUGUGGCCUACCACUUCACGGCUGAGCCGCUGUUGCUCCUAGACAUUUCCACUUCACAAUAACAGCACUUACAGUUGACCGGGGCAGCUCUAGAAGGGCAGAAAUGUGACGAACUGACUUGUUGGAAAGGUGGCAUCCUAUGACUGUGCCACGUUAAAAGUCACUGAGCUCUUCCGUAAGGCCAAUGUUUGUCUAUGGAGAUUGCAUGGCUGUGUGCUCGAUUUUAUACACCUGUCAGCAACUGGUGUGGCUGAAAUAGCUGAAGCCACUAAUUUGAAGCGGUGUCCACAUACUUUUGUAUAUAAAUGAAAUCAAAUUUUAUUGGUCACAUACACAAAUUUAGCAGAUGUUAUUGUGGGUGUAGCGAAAUGCUUGUGUUCAUAGCUCUAACAGUGCAGUAAUAUCAAACAAUACACAAAUCUAAAAGUAAAAGAAUGGAAUUAAGAAAUGUAUAAAUAUUAGGACGAGCAAUGUCUGAGUGGCAUUGACUUAGAAUACAGUAUGUACAUAUGAAAUGAGUAAAACGGUAUGUAAACAUUAAAGUGGCCAGUGAUUCCAUGUCUGUGUAUAUAGGGCAGCAGCCUCUAAGGUGCAGGGUUGAGUAACCGGGUGAUAGCCGGCUAGUGAUGACUAUUUAACAGUCUGAUGACCUUGAGAUGUAACCGGGUGGUAGUUGGCUAGUGAUGGCUAUUUAACAGUCUGAUGACCUUGAGAUAGAAGCUGUUUUUCAGCUUUGAUGCACCUGUACUGACCUUGCCUUCUGGAUGAUAGCGGGGUGAACAGGCAGUGGCUCGGGUGGUUGAUGUCCUUGAUGAUCUUUUGGGCCUUCCUGUGAAAUCGGGUGCUGUAGGUGUCUUGGAGGGCGGGUAGUUUGCCCCCGGUAAUGCGUUCGGCAGACCGUACCACCCUCUGGAGAGCCCUGCAGUUGCGGGCGGUGCAGUUGCCGUACCAGGCGGUGAUACAGCCCGACAGGAUGCUCUCAAUUGUGCAUCUGGAAAAGUUUGAGGGUCUUACGGGCCAAGCCAAAUUUCUUCAGCCUCCUGAGGUUGAAGAGGCUCUGUUGCGCCUUCUUCACCACACUGUCUGUGUGGGUGGACCAUUUCACAUCAUUAGUGAUGUGUACGCCGAGGAACUUGAAGCUUUCCACCUUCUCCACUGCGGUCCCGUCGAUGUGGAUAGGGGGGGUGCACCCUCUUCUGAUUCCUGAAGUCCACGAUCAUCUCCUUUGUCUUGAUCACGUUGAGUUAUUUGCCUGGCACCACUCUGCCAGGGCCUUCGCCUCCUCCCUGUAGGCGGUCUCAUCAUUGUUGGUAAUCAGUCCUACUAUAAUAUAAUAAUAAUAAUAAUAAUAUGCCAUUUAGCAGACGCUUUUAUCCAAAGCGACUUACAGUCAUGCGUGCAUACAUUUUUUUUUUUUUUUUUGUGUAUGGGUGGUCCCGGGGAUCGAACCCACUACCUUGGCGUUACAAGCGCCGUGCUCUACCAGCUGAGCUACAGAGGACCUACUAUUGUUGUGUCGUCUGCAAACUUGAUGAUUGAGUUGGAGGCGUGCUUGGCCACGCAGUCAUGGUUGAACAGGGAGUACAGGAGGGGGCUGAGCACGCACCCUUGUAGGGCCCCAGUGUUGAGGAUCAGCGAAGUGGAGGUGUUGUUUCCUACCUUCACCACCUGGGGGCGGCCCGUCAGGAAGUCCAGGAUCCAGUUGCACAGGGCGGGGUUCAGACCCAGGGCCCUGAGCUUAGUGAUGAGCUUGGAAGGUAAUGUGGUGUUGAAUGCUAAGCUAUAGUCAAUGAACAGCAUUCUUACAUAGGUAUUCAUCUUGUCCAGAUGGGAUUGUGCAGUGUGAUGGUGAUUGCAUCGUCUGUGGAUCUUUUGGGGCGGUAUGCAAAUUGAAGUGGGUCUAGGGUGACAGGUAAGGUAGAGGUGAUAUGAUCCUUAACUAGCCUGUCAAAGCACCUCAUGAUGACAGAAGUGAGUGCUAUGGGGCGAUUUAGACAUUUAGUUCAGUUACCUUUGCUUUCUUGGGUACAGGAACAAUGGUGGCCAUCUUUAAGCAAGUGUCUACAGCAGACUGGGAUAGGGAGAGAUUGAAUAUGUCUGUAAAGACUCCAGCCAGUUGGUCUCCCCAUGCUCUGAGGACGCGGCUAGGGAUACCGUCUAGACCGGCAGCCUCGUGAGGGUUAACACGCUUAAAUGUCUUACUCACGUCAGAGAACGAGAGCCCACAGUCCUUGGGAGCGGGCCGAGUCGGUGGCACUGUCUUAUCCUCAAAGCGGGCGAAGAAGGUGUUUAGCUUGUCCGGGAGCAAGACGUCGGUUUCCGCGACGUGGCAGGUUUCUGAGCCGUUGAAUUGUGACUCCACUUUGUCUCUGUACUGAAGUUUUGCCUGUUUAAUUGCCUUACGUUACCUUACCUUAUGACUGCACUGUUUGUAUUCAACCAUAUUUCUAGUCGCGGUGGUUAAAUGUGGUGGUUCGCGCUUUUCAGUUUUGAGCAAAUGCUGUCAUCUAUCCACGGUUUUUGGUUUGGGUAGGUUUUAAGUCACAGUGGGAACAACAUCCCCUCUACACUUCCUGAUGAACUCUGUCACCAUGUCUAUAUUGUGUGUGUUGCAGGUUUGAGAUGCUAGAUGCAGCCAGGAACAAGGUGAGAGUGAAAGCGUGUUACGGGAUGAUGAUUGCCACCAUCGCAGCCUGUCUGUUCACUGUCAUCCUGGGGAAGAGGGUGAGUAUCAUUGCAGCCUGUCUGUUCACCGUCAUCCUAUAGAAGAGGGUGAGGGGGACACUGAUGUAAUGUUAUAUCUGUCCCAUUAUGGGGUCUGUGAGAGCACAGGCAGUGCUCUAUUUUGAAGUAGUCAAUUUUUUCUUCUACUACUUCUAUGAGUUGGUAAACAAACUGAAAGGGUGCAGACUGCCACCUGGAGGGUGUUGUCUGAACUGGUAUAAAGCCAAGGUUGGUGAUUUACUGCCCCCUGGAGGGUGUUGUCUGAACUGGUAUAAAGCCAAGGUUGGUGAUUUACUGCCCCCUGGAGUUAUGGAAUGUUUGCAAGCAGUAUAAUUAAUUGGCUGAUCCCUCCUGAUGACCUGGAUGGAAUCAUGUGAUCCUUCCUUAACCCAUAGGAAGUCCCACCACACAUAUAGCCCGGGAUUCAAUCCAAGACGUGUUCUACAACUGUACUGCAAAUUGAGAAAUCAUGUGACUAAACUGAAUAAAAAGAAGAAACUACACUAUGAAACCAAGAUAAAUGACAUAAAGAAUGAUAGUAAAAAGCUUUGAGCACCUUAAAUGAAAUUUUGGGUAAGAAGGCAAACUCCACUCCAUCAUUCAUUGAAUCAGAUGGCUCUUCAUCACAAAACCAACUGAUAUUGCCAACUUCUUUAAUGAUUUUUUUCAUUGACAAGAUUAGCAAAUUUAGGCAUGACAUGCCAGCAACAAACAGUGACACUACACAUCCAAAUAUAUCUGAUCAAAUUAUGAAAGACAAGCAUUGUAAUUUUGAGUUCCGUAAAGUGAGUGUGGAAUAGGUGAACAAAUUGUUGUCUAUCAACAAUGACAAGCCACUGGGAUCUGACAACGUGGAUGGAAAAUUACUGAGGAUAAUAGCAGACGAUAUUGCCACUCCAAUUUACCAUAUCUUCAAUGUAAGCCUACUAGAAAGUGUGUGCCCCCAGGCUUGGAGGGAAGCAAAAGUCAUUCCGCUACCUAAGAAUAUUAUUAAAGCCCCGUUUACUGGCUCAAAUAGCCGACCAAUCAGCCUGUUACCAACUCUUAGUAAACAUUUGGAAAAAAUUGUGUUUGACCAGAUACAAUGCUAUUUUACAGUAAUCAAAUUGACGACAAACUUUCAGCAUGCUUAUAGGGAAGGACAUUCAACAAGCACAGCACUUACACAAAUGACUGAUGAUUGGCUGAGAGAAAUUGAUGAUAAAAACAUUGUGGGGGCUGUUUUGUUAGACUUCAGUGCAGCUUUUGACAUUAUCGAUCAUAGUCUGCUGCUGGAAAAAAGUAUGUGUUAUGGCUUUACACCCCCUGCUAUAAUGUGGAUAAAGAGUUACCUGUCUAACAGAACACAGAGGGUGUUCUUUAAUGAAAGCCUCUCCAACAUAAACCAGGUAGAAUCAGGAAUUCCCCAGGGCAGCUGUCUAGGCCCCUUACUUUUUUCAAUCUUUACUACAUUUUAGUCAUUUAGCAGACGCUCUUAUUCAGAGCGACUUACAGUUAGUGAGUGCAUAUAUUAUUUUUUUAUUUUUCAUACUGGCCCCCCGUGGCAAUCGAACCCACAACCCUGGCGUUGCAAACGCCAUGCUCUACCAACUGAGCUACAUCCCUGCCGGCCAUUCCCUCCCCUACCCUGGACGACGCUGGGCCAAUUGUGCGCCGCCCCAUGGGUCUCCCGGUCGCGGCCGGCUACGACAGAGCCUGGAUUCAAACCAGGAUCUCUAGUGGCACAGCCUUAGACCACUGCGCCACUUGAGUAAAGCCAGUGUUUCUAUGUAUGCGACUGACGCAACACUAUACACGUCAGCUACUACAGCAACUGAAAUGACUGCAACACUUAACAAAGAGCUGCAGUUAGUUUCAGAAUGGGUGGCAAUGAAUAAGUUAGUCCUAAACAUUUCAAAAACUAAAAGCAUUGUAUUUGGUACAAAUCAUUCACUCAACACUAAACCUCAACUAAAUCUUGUAAUAAAUAAUGUGGAAAUUGAGCAAGUUGAGGAGACUAAACUGCUUGGAGGAACCCUGGAUUGUAAACUGUCAUGGUCAAAACAUGUUGAUACAACAGUAGCUAAGAUGGGGAGAAGUCUGUCCAUAAUAAAGCGCAGCUUGGCAGUCUUAACAACACUAUCAACAAGGCAGGCCCUAGUUUUGUCCCAGCUGGACUACUGUACAGUCAUGUGGUCAGGUGCCACAAAGAGGGACUUAGGAAAAUUGCAAUUGGCUCAGAACAGGGCAGCACGGCUGGCCCUUGGAUGUACACAGAGAGCUAACAUUAAUAAUAUGCAUGUCAAUCUCUCCUGGCUCAAAGUGGAGGAGAGGGAGACUUUCUCACUACUUGUAUUUGUGAGAGAUAUUGACAUGUUGAAUGAACCGACACCCAUGCAUUACCCAAAAGACAUGCCACCAGAGGUCUCUUCACAGUCCCCAAGUCCAGAACAGACUAUGGGAGGCACACAGUACUACAUAGAGCCAUGACUACAUGGAACUCUAUUCCACAUCAAGUAACUCCUGCAAGAAGUAAAAUUGGAUUUAAAAAAUACACAUUACGGAACAGCGGGGACUGUGAAGCAACACAAACAGACACACACACACGAUAACAUACGCAAUACAUGUACACAUGGAUGUUGUGUUAUAGAUAUGUGGUAGUAGAGUAGAGGCCUGAGGGCACACACUUAAUAUGUUGUGAAAUCUGUUAUGAAUGUAUUGUAAUGUUUUUAAAAUGUGUAAUUGCCUUUAAUUUUACUAAUGGGGAUCCAUAAUUUUAAAAAAAAAUUAGAAAUACACUGGACAGCCAACAGCCUUUUAAAAGCAGGAGAUCAUUCACAGGAAAACGCUGCGCAUGUCGGCUCAAGCAUAAAUGACGUCUGCUGUCCAGCGCGCUGCGCUGUAAUGCGCCUGGGAUUGAAUCCCGCCAAUCGUUUCGCUGCCCCAGGUGUGUUUGUGUUUGUGUGUGUGAGAAAGAUCGACUGACCAAUCGCGUGUGUUCCCCAGGCUGCCGGCAGACAUGAGUCGCUAACAAGUCAGAACAUGGAGAAGAAGGCAAGAUGGAGGCAGGAGGCGAAGAUGGAGAAAGAGGAGGCUGCCCUGGCUGAGAAGACUCCAUGA